CAGGGGCCAAGACUCAGCCGACUCGACUCAAUUCGCGACUCGGGCUCUCUGUCUUUCUUUCUGGCUUGCUGUCCGAAAUGGAGAACUCACAGGAUCCGGGUUUAAAACACCCGCUUCCCGCCGACGAAUCUCGCCUCGACCUCUACACAGUCCCAGCCCGUUCCAGCUGGUUCUCUUGGGGAGACAUUCACGAAAUCGAGAAAUUCCACCUCCGAGAGUUCUUCGACGGAAGCUCAAUCACGAGAACCCCCAAAAUUUACAAGGAAUACAGGGACUUUAUCAUCUCCAAGUUCAGGGAGGACCCGUCCCGCCGGCUCACAUUCAGCGAAGUCCGGAAAUCCCUAGUCGGUGACGUCACUUUGCUCCAUAAGGUCUUCGCGUUUCUAGAUUCACGGGGUUUGAUCAAUUUUGGUACGCCGAGGGGCGAGGGUGACGGGGCGGACCAGGGGAGUAGUCAGGGGAGGUGGAAGGUUACGGUUGAGGAAGGGGCUCCGGUUGGCGUUCGGGUCGUCGCGGUUCCUAAUUCGUUGAAGCCCGUGACAAUACCGCCUGGCUGGUGCAAUGGCGGUGGUGAAGUGGCGGAGAAUGGGGUUCGAUUGCCGCCCUUGGCUUCUUGUAGGGAUGUUUAUAGUGAGCAGAAGCGAAUGGUGUGUAGGAAUUGCAAAGACAGUUGCGAGUCUGGACGUUACGAGUACACGAAAUUCACUUGCCAGGAUAGAAGCUUCAUAAUAUGUCUGAAGUGCUAUAAGGAUGGAAACUAUGGGGAAAACAAGUCUACGGAUGAUUUUAAGUUCCUUGAACGCAUUCCAGAUGGUGAAAACCAUGAAUCUUCUUGGACUGAAGCAGAAACUCUUCUUCUUUUAGAAUCUGUUUUGAGGCACGGAGACAACUGGGACCUUGUUGCUGAAAUUGUUAAAACUAAGAGUAAAGCCGAUUGUAUUUCGAAACUGAUACAGCUGCCUUUUGGAGAACUUAUGUUUGGUUCUACCCACAGAAGAGGUAGAUUAAAUGAGAACGAUGGCAACAUGAGCAGUGCUGAGCAGGGACAAUUGGCUUCAGUGUCUCAGUCUCAAGAAAAUAUCAAGAUGCAGGAUCAAGGUGAUGGUGAUAAGAAUGAAAACAAGGAGAAUGGAGAUUCUGAGAACCAAUCCCAGGAAGUCCCUCCUUUAAAGAGGAAGCACUCAACUUCACCUCCAGAUAUGGGCAAUUCACUGAUGAAAAAGGUAGCUGUCAUCACUUCCAUGGUUGACCCACAUAUCACAGCUUCUGCUGCCGAGGCUGCUGUAAUGGCUCUUUGCGAGGAAUAUCAAUGUCCGAGGGAAAUGUUUGAUGGUGACGAUGAUGAAGAUAAGGAGUUGGGAUCUUCUCCCCAAAAUAACUUAGCACUUCAGACUGAGGGUUCAGGGAUUGAGGAGAGGCCCAAUGAAUUAGAGUCUCAGGAGACAUCUUCUCCGAAGAAUACAAUGCCUCUUACUUUCCGAGUGAGAGCUGCAGCAGCAACAGCUUUUGGUGCGGCUGCUGCUCAUGCCAAGUUAUUGGCAGAUCAGGAGGAAAGAGAAAUAGAAUAUUUAGUGGCAACCAUAGUUGAAACGCAGUUGAAGAAGUUGCAACGUAAAGUAAAGCAUUUUGACGAUCUGGAGCUAAUAAUGAAGAAUGAAUAUACGCAACUGAAGGAUCUGAAGGAGUCUAUAGUAUCGGAGCGGAUGAAUGCGUUGCGAAAGGUAUUCGAUGCAGGUAUAUCCAGGCGGAGGGAUGAUGCUAUUGUAAAAUCUCAAAUGGAUGGUGGACUUUGACGGGAGGGACGGGAUUCAAGUUAAAAAGUCUUGUUCUUUGAGAUGCUUUAUUUGGGGAAAAAGAGGAGGUCCAACUUAAUUAAUGGGUUUCCAGCACUAAUUGCAAGACACGACGACGUAGACUGGAGAUGUAUGUAACGUGAUUAGUUGUUGUAAAUCUUUUUUUAAGCAGACUGAACUAGAUCCCAACCCAAUUGUCAUCCUCCGCGGAAUCUUCUUCUUAUGGGUAAUAGUUGUAUUUCAAAAACAUUAUAUUCCCAUUAAAUUUUGUGGGCCACAAAAAUUCGAUUUGUUUAUCUUUAUCUCAUCAAAUUCGUUUGAUGGAUUUAUUAUAGUUGUAAAUGGAUUUAGGAUUGUGUUUAGAUAACUGGAUAUAAAUUUAGUAUCA